CUCUGACGGCAGUCGUUUGCUUUAGCACCCCCCAACAUGGCAGCAGCUGCUCCGACACAUUUAUCCGAGAACCUGGACGGUUCGGGACCGGGAGAAGCCGGCGGACCGAACUCCCCGGUGUGUCUCAUCGUUCUCGGGAUGGCGGGCUCGGGUAAAACCACUUUCGUUCAGAGGCUGACGGCUCACCUUCACUCUCUGAAAUCUCCUCCGUACGUCAUCAACCUAGACCCAGCUGUUCACGAGAUUCCAUUUCCUGCAAAUAUCGACAUUAGAGAUACUGUCAACUACAAAGAAGUGAUGAAGCAAUAUGGCCUUGGACCCAAUGGCGGCAUUGUGACAUCACUCAACCUGUUUACCACACGCUUUGAUCAGGUGAUGCAGUUCAUCGAGAAGAAGAGGCAGAACCACCAGUACGUUCUGAUUGACACUCCGGGGCAGAUUGAAGUCUUCACCUGGUCGGCAUCAGGAAGCAUCAUCACAGAGGCUCUGGCAUCAUCCUUCCCCUGUGUGGUCAUCUACGUGAUGGACACGUCUCGCAGCGUGAACCCCGUCACCUUUAUGUCCAAUAUGUUGUACGCCUGCAGCAUCCUCUACAAGACCAAGCUGCCCUUCAUUGUCGCCAUGAACAAGACAGACAUCAUCGACCACAGCUUUGCCGUGGAGUGGAUGCAGGACUUUGAGGUCUUCCAGGACGCUCUGAACCAGGAGACGUCCUAUGUGAGCAACCUGACCCGGUCCAUGAGCCUGGUUCUGGAUGAGUUCUACACAAACUUGAGGGUGGUGGGCGUGUCUGCUGUGACAGGAAGUGGACUGGAUCAGCUGUUCGUUCAGGUGGAAGAUGCCGCCAAAGAGUAUGAGAGGGACUACCGGCCUGAAUAUGAACGACUCCGCAGGCAGCUGGCAGAGGCUCAGAGCAGGAAGCAGCUGGAGCAGAUGGAGCGUCUCAGGAAGGACCUGGGGGCUGUAAGCAUGACCCCUUCUCCAGGGGAAGCUGACAUGGCAGGACCUAGUGACCUCAUCAUAACCCGCAGCAAUCCCAACAAUGACGAGGACUCUGUGGACAGCGAUACGGACGACAUUGACCACAGCGCGACGGAGGAGAGCAAAGAGAACGACUCUUUUGGAAACUUCCUGAAGGAAAGAAAAGAAGUGGUUCAGCUGCGAAACAGGAAGCACGGGAUGCCUGACGUGCCUUGACCUUUGACCCCUGACGUGGGUGCCCCACCCUGUUUUUUGAACACAGACUAUAAUCUGGAUUUGGUCCAGUCUUUGUACAGGUGAUCAUGUGACUUUGACCGCAGUCGUUCAGCUGCUUCACCUUAAGAGGAACGUCACGUUUUUACAACAAAACUUCAUUUUUGUUACGUUUGUUCGUUUAAUAGCUGAAAGAGUUUGAUGUGUAAAAUAAA